AACGUUGCGUGGGCUCGGUCCUGCGAGUCGCAAGAUCGAAAGCCGAAUAUCUGGCACAAGGCGCUGUCUCCCGUUCCGGGCGAGGGAGUGGCAGGAGAAGCGGGAAGGGGUGGAAAAGGGAGGCGAGUCGCGAGGAAAAGUUCGCGCUAGACCAGCCGGAGUCGAAGAGGAAGAGAUGGCGGCAGAGAAAGGACGGGUUGGGAAGGCUACUAUGAGAAGUGGGUAAAGUAAGUAGGUUGAAGUUCGGGAGCGGUAGGAUUCGGAUGAGCAGCUGGCGAAGAGCCAGUUUGAAAGGGUGUGAUGCAAAGGAAAGAAACUGGGAGCAAGUCGCGGAAGAACCGGUGGUCCUUGGCAGCGAUUGUUGGCAGUCGGUGGAGAGGGUAGCUUCUGCCAGUUUGCGACGCCGGGCAUUAUUUUGCACCCAUUGCCUGAAGGAACUCCCUUGCUAGGGGCGCGUUUCGGAUUUCCGGAGAACUGCCUUAGUUAAUGGCCGCUGACGGCAGCAUGAGGACGAACGGCGGAGGCCCCGACAGCAGGAGCAGCGCCAGUUACGCGCCUUGCAACAUCAGCUGUACGCUCCCCACCAUCUCUUCCAACAAGCUCCCUGACCAGCACUUCAUCAGCCGCGGGGCCUACGGCACUGUAUCCUCCGCGCGUCACGCAGACUGGCGAGUCCCGGUGGCUGUUAAGUGUCUGCAGGGCCCCCUGUUAGAAAGUGAGAGGGACAGUCUUUUAAAAGAAGCUGAAAUUUUACAUCAGGCAAGGUUCAGUUACAUUCUACCAAUUUUGGGAAUUUGCAAUGAACCUCAGUUUCUGGGUAUUGUGACGGAAUAUAUGCCUAAUGGAUCACUGAACCAACUUUUGCAUGGGAAAAACGUCUAUCCUGACAUUGCUUGGUCAAUCAGAUUUCGCAUUUUGUAUGAAAUUGCUUUGGGAGUAAAUUAUCUUCACAACAUGAGUCCUCCACUCCUGCACCAUGAUUUGAAGACCCAAAAUAUUCUACUUGACAGUGAUUUCCAUGUUAAGAUCGCAGAUUUUGGUUUGUCCAAGUGGCGCAUGGUGUCCAUGUCACUUUCAAGAGGGGAGAAAUCAAUGCCUGAGGGAGGGACCAUCAUUUACAUGCCACCUGAAGAUUAUGACGGCAGCCAAAAACUCCGUGCAAGUGUAAAGCAUGAUAUAUAUAGUUACGCCAUUAUUAUGUGGGAAGUGAUGUCAAGAAAACAGCCCUUUGAAGAAGUUAUAAAUCCCUUGCAAAUUAUGUAUAGCGUGUCAAGAGGGAAGCGUCCAGGCACGGGGGAAGAGUAUUUGCCACCUGAUAUUCCUCACCGAGAAUUGAUGUUGUCUUUAAUGGAAUCUGCCUGGGCACAAAAUCCAGAUGAAAGGCCAUCUUUUUCAAGGUGCUUAAUUGAACUUGAACCUGUGCUGAGGACCUUUGAAGAGAUACCUAUGCUUGAAGCAGUAAUAGAGUUAAAGAGGGCCAAAUCACAGUAUGAGUGGCGAUGCGUUCAUUUGUCUAACAAGAUAUCCAGUGAUGAAUCAAUAUCUUUAAAUAUACCAUUGAGCACUAGUAUACAAGAGAAUUCCUGUUUAUCCACAAAUGAUACACUUUUUCUGCCAAGUGUUCCCCAGGAUACACGAAAACCAUGCAACCUCCUUUCAGAUGUUAAGGAUGAACCACACUCACUGAUCAGUUAUGUACCACAGUCUCAGAGUACUCAAUCUUACAUAUCUCAACAAAGUUCUUCAUCUACCACAAAUAGUUCUAAUUCGUCAAAUUCCAUGCCAUGCUUACUGCAGACAUCAGGAGCUAACUCAGACUUUAUGUUGAGGACUAUAGAGCCACAAGAUUUCGCUGUAGCUCAUCAGUGGAUCCAAACUAAAAGAGAGGAAAUUGUCCAUCAGAUGACUGAAGCUUGUCUUAACCAAAGCUUGGAUGCCCUUCUCUCCAGGGAUUUAAUCAUGAGAGAGGAUUAUGAACUCAUCAGUACCAAACCUACAAGGACCUCAAAAGUCAGGCAACUGCUUGAUACUACCGACAGUCAAGGAGAGGAAGUCGCUAGAGUCAUAGUGCAAAAACUGAAAGACAAUAAACAGUUGGGACUUCAGCCUUACCCAAAUAUAUCUCCUGCAUCCAGGAGCGCUUCUUUGAAUCUAUAAAAGUCAGGACUUGCAAUCUAGAUUCCUAUUUCUGAAACGUCUCUUUAUGUUUCUGCUGCGUGGCUCUAAACUGAGGUUCUUAGUUUGCCAGGCAAAGGGGAAGGUACCUGGCAAAUGGAAGUAUUACACUGUGUUCUUGUCAUUUUUGAAAAUAACAACACACUUGGACUUCCCUCACUGAAUAAACAUGUAUUUUGUGGAAUUAUUAAAAGGAAAAUAUAAACUAUA